GUUAGACAGGCAUCGUACCCGGGGCCUCGGCGGCUUCAGCUUGUUGUGUGAUGUCAAUCCACCUUUCUCCUUAUCUUUCAUCCUUUUUUAUUCUUUUUUUUUUUUUUUUUUUUGCGCCUUUCCAAUCGGUCACCAGGUAUUUCUCAUAAUUCGUCCCAUUCGCCUUUUCUCCCUCGCUCGUUUUCUAUGCUGCGUUUCUAGUAUCCCCAUCCUCCUCCUCCUCCUUUUCCUCUCCCCCCUCCCCUCCUGUGCAUACCUCACGCUUCUACCUAGGCAGCGCUGCUACCGUCCCAGGCCGAUUCGUUGCUCCGCUCAGCUUAGCGCACCCGUGAUAUCUCGGGCCAUUUGCCUGUCGCGUGCCCUGCCUGUCCGGUCGCGUGUCCACCUCCCCGAGCCGAACAGAUGGCAGACCUCGACCAGAAGAAGCGGUCCAGCGAAAUCCGCGAAGAUGGGGGCACCGACUCGGCCUCGGCCGAUCAGCUGCUCGUGUCCCUCGGAUACACCCCCGAACUGUCCCGCAACCGGUCUACCCUCCAAGUCGCAUUCAUGUCCUUUGUGCUGGCCUCGAUCCCCUACGGCCUCGCUACCACCUUAUACUACCCCCUAGUCGGCGGCGGUCCCGUCAACAUCAUCUGGGGGUGGGUCGCCGUCUCCAUGAUUAUCCUCUGCGUCGCCUCGUCUCUCGGUGAAAUCACCAGUGUCUACCCGACCGCCGGCGGCGUCUACUACCAGACUUUCAUGCUUGCGCCCCCCCGCUGGCGUCGCAUUGCCGCCUGGGUUUGCGGCUGGCUGUACGUCGUCGGGAAUGUCACUAUAACACUGGCUGUUAACUUCGGCACCACGCUGUUCCUCGUCGGAUGCGUCAACGUGUUCGAGACUGCCGACGGUGUGGGCGUGCUCCCUGGCGAGCCCUACCAGGUCUUCCUCAUCUUCAUGGGCAUCACCCUCCUGUGCAAUGCCGUCUCGUCGCUGUGCAACCGAUGGCUUCCUAUCCUUGACACUUUUGCAAUUUUUUGGACAUUCGCUGGCGUGAUCGCGAUGAUGGUCUGCAUCUUGGUCAUCGCCAAGGAAGGCCGCCACAACGCGAGUUGGGUCUUUACGCAUUUCGAAACCAAUUCCGGCUGGCAGCCGGGCUGGUCUUUCGUCGUCGGUCUCUUGCACGCUGCAUAUGCCACCUCUUCUACCGGCAUGAUUAUCUCCAUGUGUGAAGAAGUGCGAUCGCCAGCCACCCAAGUUCCCAAGGCCAUGGUUUUGACUAUUUGCAUCAACACUAUAGCCGGCAUAGCAUUCUUGGUUCCGUUGGUGUUUGUCCUUCCCGAUAUACCCGGGCUCGUUACCCUGGCGCAGCCCGUUCCCGCAAUCAUAAAAAGUGCCGUGGGCAGCUCGGGAGGUGCGUUUGGCCUGCUCAUCCCGCUUCUCGUCCUGGCUAUUAUAUGCGGCAUCGGUUGCACUACGGCGGCUUCGCGAUGCGUUUACGCCUUCGCUCGCGACGGCGCCAUUCCCGGUUCGAAAUGGUGGAGGAAAGUCAACACCUCUCUCGACGUGCCUCUAAAUGCCAUGAUGCUAAGCAUGGUCGUGCAAAUUGCCCUGGGCCUUAUUUACUUUGGCUCAUCCGCCGCCUUCAACGCCUUUUCUGGCGUUGGCGUCAUUGCGCUGACGGCCUCCUAUGCCGCCCCCAUUCUGGUUAGCAUCCUCGACGGUCGCAAAACCGUUCGCACCGGAAGUUUCUUCCUAGGCCCACUUGGCUGGUUCUGUAACAUCGUGGCGAUCGCUUGGUCCCUACUAGCGAUUCCGCUGUUCUGCAUGCCUUCUACCGUUCCGGUCGACGACCCUAGUCUCAUGAACUACGCCUCGGUUGUGUUCGUGGGAUUUACCGUCAUUUCAGUGGGGUGGUACCUGAUACACGGCCGUGAGAACUAUAUAGGUCCCCCGGCUUGAUUUUUUUUUUUUUUUUUUUUUACCCCGUGUGUUUGGAUACGAUGGCAUGGGGAUGUUGGUCUGGCCUGUGGCGUCCUACGCAUGGUCGGCCCAUGC